AAACACUCAAACAGAACUCUUCACUCUGAAGUCUGAACCUCAGCUGCCUGCCGCCAUAGAGCUCUCAGCUUCCGUCCCAGAAGCCCUGGACAUUAACUCACCAAAAAAAAACCAAACACAACAUCCUCCUCAAAAUCCUUACCAAAAAGAGGCACACAGAGAAAUCUUUGUAAAAAAGGUUGCUUUCUUUGCUGUCUAAGAGAAGCUAAAAUGGAAAGCAGCAGCAGUAGUAGUGGAGGAGUACCAGAAUCAACCAUCGAAGCAGUAGAAAGAACCGUGGCAAAUCUGAAACUAGUGGAGACCCAUUUGCUUGAAUUCUUGUCUCUUGCGAACCCUGAUGUCCUUGAUGAAAUGCCACCUCUUCAAAGGGCUCAAUCUCUCUUUAUGCUUGCUAAGGCUACUUCUACUAUCUUUGCAUUGAGAUUGAGAACUACUGGAAUUCACCCUGAUGAGCAUCCUAUUAAGACAGAGCUUGAGAGGUUGAGCUUGUAUCAAGACAAACUAGAGCAGUUCAUCAAUAUAAGUAAAGAACCAUCGCAGCGUUCUACUACUUUAAAUUACCGGGCUGCAACCCGUUUCAUCGAGCAUUCGUUGCCUGACCUUACCCCUGAACAACGGAAAAGCAUGAGGGAUAUCAGUAGAGGAGAAGGGUCGAAGAUUAAGUAUGUGGAGAGGAGCACCCACAAGAAGAGAAAAUAUGAUACAUCCGAAAAACAAUCAGUUAAAGCCGCUGCCCAAGAAUUUCUUGAAAAAGCUGCCCGUGAGCUUUUUGGUGGCAACACAGAUGGUUUCAAGGGACCUCUUGUAAAAGUUGACUCGGCAUCUGAUGACAAUCCUGUGGACUGAUUUCCUACUAUAUCUUGGUAUAUGGAUUUCACGGACAAGAUCUGCCAGUGUUUGUCAUCAGCCUCGAGCAAGUUGUAAACUUUGGCCUAUUUUGCGAAUGAAUCUUUUAUUGUCAAAAGCGUUUCGUGAUGACAGGUGGCGCCGCUAGAAAAGCCUCAGGAGCACCCCCGCUUGUCUCAUGUGUUGUUAUCUCUCUUAAAUUUAGGGAGAGAGUUGUGGUUGUAAAAGAUAUCAUCAUCAUGUGAUCUGAUUCUUGUGUUGAACUCCACGAGGCUUUUUUUUUUUUUUUGAGAGGCAUGUGAUUCUUCAUAGGACCGUCAUUUUUUAGCCUGCUUAUUUUGUCAACGGCCUUGGUGAUGUUCUGAAAAAAUAUGACCUUUGUUGACAGAAAGUUAAUCCUUGCGCCUUAAUGAGGGCAAGGUGAAGCUCGUGAACUCGAA